CCCUGGGUGUGCGUCAUGCCAUUACCAAUUAGUUAUUUUCCUGUCCUUUCCUGGAAGACCUUCACUGUCUGCCUCUACACAACCUGUCACCCUUAUUGAUAAACCAAACCCACCACUCCCCUUCAGCACCCCCACCCCCCUGACGAAAAUUCCUCUCAUAAACCACACUGGAGAAUUACAGACGGGUGGCGUGGAUUACUGUUGAGUUCUAAGAUUUUUCCUACCAGGAUCUUACCCAUUAUUCUCUGGAAACCCAGUUGGUCGCACUUUUGCAACCACCGCUCGACGUCCAUUUAAGAGCCAACUAUAAAGGUCUCAAUGAAACGCCGUUCCUCACGCAGAGACUGAUCACGGCAGUGGAAGAGGAUGGCCGUCCACGCUGAGGGGAUCGUGGCUAUAGUGAUCUUCUACUUGCUUAUUCUGGCCGUGGGGAUAUGGGCCGCGUGGAAGAACAAGAACUCUGGGGUGUCGGAGGGCCAGGACCGCAGUGAAACCAUCAUGGUGGGCGGGAGGGACAUUGGGUUGUUCGUCGGUGGAUUUACCAUGACGGCUACAUGGGUGGGCGGCGGCUACAUCAACGGGACGGCAGAGUAUGUCUACCUGCCUGACUACGGCCUGGCCUGGGCGCAGGCUCCCUUUGGAUACGCUCUCAGUCUGGUAGUAGGUGGCCUGUUCUUUGCCAAGCCCAUGCGCUCCAGGGGUUACGUCACCAUGCUGGACCCGUUCCAGCAGAUAUAUGGGAAGCGCAUGGGGGGGCUGCUCUUCAUUCCCGCGCUCAUGGGGGAGAUCUUCUGGUCUGCCGCCAUCUUGUCAGCCCUGGGAGCUACUCUGAGUGUGAUUGUGGACAUUGACAUCAACAUGUCGGUGGUGAUCUCAGCCCUGAUAGCCAUCUUCUACACCCUGGUGGGAGGCCUAUACUCUGUGGCCUACACUGACGUGGUGCAGCUCUUCUGUAUCUUCCUGGGACUGUGGGUCAGUGUACCGUUUGCCCUGUCCAACCCAGCGGUGUCAAGCAUCAGUGUGACAGCUAAAGAGGCUGUGUACCAGACACCCUGGCUGGGUAAGAUAGACUCAGCAGACACCUGGAUGUGGAUCGACAACUUCUGUCUUCUGAUGUUGGGGGGGAUUCCGUGGCAGGUGUAUUUUCAACGGGUUCUCUCUGCCUCUUCAGCUACGUACGCCCAGAUUCUGUCCUUCAUCGCUGCCGCUGGUUGCCUGGUCAUGGCUGUCCCCUCCGUCCUCAUAGGAGCGAUAGGGGCCUCCACAGACUGGAACCAGACUACAUACGGGGCAAUUCCUCCCAAAGAGAAGGACCAAUCAGAUAUGAUCCUGCCCAUCGUGCUGCAGCACCUGUGCCCACCCUGGAUCUCCUUCUUCGGUCUGGGGGCGGUGUCUGCUGCUGUGAUGUCAUCAGCGGACUCCUCCAUCCUUUCAGCCAGUUCAAUGUUCGCCAGAAACAUCUACCAGCUGGCCUUCAGACAGUCUGCGACAGACCGUGAGAUUGUGUGGGUGAUGCGUAUCACCAUCUUUGUGUUCGGAGCUCUGGCCACGGCCAUGGCGUUGCUCACAGGGACAGUAUACGGCCUGUGGUACCUGAGCUCCGACCUGGUCUAUGUUAUCAUCUUCCCCCAGCUGCUCAGCGUGCUCUUCAUCAAGGGAACCAACACGUACGGCUCGGUGGCCGGCUACGUCUUCGGGCUGCUGCUGCGUAUCGGCGGAGGGGAGCCCUACCUCAAACUACCUCCCUUUAUCUACUACCCCGGCUGGGUGCAACAGGAGAAGAUCCACCACCUGACUGGAGACGUGGAGUACUUCAUCCAGCAGCGCUUCCCCUUUAAAACGGUCUCCAUGCUGGCCUCCUUCCUGGGUAACGUGGCCUUCUCCUACCUGCUCAAGUACCUGUUUGAGUCUGGGACUCUGUCUCAUAAGUAUGACUUCAUGGAUGCUGUGGUGUCCAAACACAGUAAGGAGAUCAUGGACAAGACCACGCUGGUCAGUAGUGACAACAUCAUCCUGUCAGAGAUGGCGCCGGUCAAAACGCACCUCAGCACCUCACUGGCCGGGACGUUUACGAACACAGAGGCUCUCAGUGACGACGAGGAGUCCAGCCCCGAGUCCUUAAACAACGACCAGGAGUAGAGACCAGGACCCAGAGCCAGACCUAGACCCAGAACUGACUAGAACCAGCCCUCCUGGGUACCUACCCUCCUGCAGAAUUUUGCUCCAGCCUUGCUCUAACAUACCUGACGCUACUAAUCAGAUGCUCAUCAGGAUCUUUAAUAGCUCAACCAGGUGUGCCACAGUAGGGCUGGAGCAAAAGCCUGCAUACCAAUUGCUCUCCAGCAGAAGGGUUAGCCAGCCCUGAUGUAGAUCCUUGAACCCAGGCCCAGACCAAGUGUGUCCAGCCAUCCAGCCCCGUCGUGUUCUCAUCAUAUCAACCACUGACUGACUCUCUUUCUGAAUCAAACGCCACUGCCAUUUUAGUUUUCUGUUCUCAGUGCUGCUACAGUAAAUGGAGUCAUUAUAAAGGUAAGGUAAUCAUGGUAUAAAAUAUAACUUUCUGUCUGUUUCAAUAGGGAGCUCUGAGAUGGAUGCCAGAUGAGAAUAAUGCAAUACUUAAUUGUGUGUGUGUGUGUGUGUGUGUGUGUGUGUGUGUGUGUGUGUGUGUGUGUGUGUGUGUGUGUGUGUGUGUGUGUGUGUGUGUGUGUGUGUGUGUGUGUGUGUGUGUGUGUGUGUGUGUGUGUGUACGUGCGUGUGUACGUGCGUGUGUAUACGUCUGUGUGUACAUGUGUGUGUGCAUGAACAAAUUAAUAUCCAUUAGUUAUGUGUCUGAAAUCAGCUUUAGAUUAUUUUAUUUAUUUAUUUAGAUUAUUUCCUAAUUUGCUUAGAAUUAACUUACUUAUAGAGCAAUACUGUUUUUUGGGUCCAUGCUUUAAAUAUAUAUAUAUAUGUCAUUACAAAUCAUUCCAAACUGUUGAUUGUUUUUAAUCUUGAUAGCAAAAACAUUUCAGUCUGUGUUUAUGUUGUGUGCUCAUAAUCUAAUUGACACGCAAUAACCUGGUAUAGUUCAGAAUACUCCGUGUUAACAGUAUUUUAAUAGUAACUGGAUUUGAACAGAGCUGAGAAGAGAAAAUCAAAUCCUAUUCGAUGUUGUCCAUGUCCUAAAUGACUCCUCUCUGCAGGUGUAGAGGUUCAAUACUGUGCUGUUGUGUUUGAGGGGAACACUUGCUAUAUUUCAAUCUUACAUCAGAGUUUAACUGAGAAACUACAGUGUGUCAGCAAUAUAGGUGACAAGACAUACAAAUACUGUAUUAAUGGCUAUACUGGUUGAAAGUGGACCUAGCUGUGGUUUUCAUCCAUCUGCAUCUGAAAUUACACCAUAUUCCCUAUAUAGUGCUACUACUUUUGGCCAGAGCCACAUAAGGUUAGGUAGUGUGCUAUAUAGGAAAUAGGGUACCAUUUGAGAUGGGCCCUAUAAUCGUUUGUUACCUUCUCUAAACUGUUAUUGACUGCAGAGCAGCAGCAGAGCGGCAGAGGGGUUUGGGGAGGCUGAGAUUGCCCCUCCAGGGAUUGUAUCAAUAACCCGUUUGCACGAACGAUUCGAUUCUGCUCUGUCCGUUCUGUCCGUCUGCCCCGAGAACAUUUGAUUGGUGUUCCAAGCUGGUUAUGAGCUGAGACAGGAAAAGAACAGCACUGGUUGUUUUGGUAUCGGUGGUUGUAAUGAUUGGAAGCCGAACAGGUCCUAUGCUGAGUGAAUGAGCUACCUUUCUGUUAUCACAGUUGUUACAGUUUGAUAGGUGAACGCUGACAGGGCCCGGCUCUAGCUUUUUGGUUUAUGUUUUAAACUUAAUUUCCUGAAAUUCUACACAUUUUGCCAUGGAGUGUAGAGAAAUUGUUCCAAUUUAUAACACAUUUCAUGCAAAAGUACACAUUUUGCUGUGAGGCAGAGAGAUUUUUUUGCAGUUCUACAGCACAUUUUCUGCAAUUUUCUCCAUUUUGCCAUGGGGUGGAAAGAUAUUUUUGCAGUUUUAAAGCAAUUUUCCUGCAAUUCUACACAUUUUGUAAUGACUUAUGCCAUGUUAAUAUGAUAUCUGACUGAGAAUGCCAAACAAAAUCAAUGGGGGCCCGCUGGAGGUCAGGGCCCCUGGGCAUUCGGUAUUCGGCCAUGAUUACUACAAGUUUAGAUAGCUGACAAGUUUAACUACCAUUCUAAAAAUUGUUAGCUGACAUGGCUAACUGAGUGGCUGUCAGUAGCUAGGUUUCCAUACAAUUUGACAGAUUUUCAUGCAGAUAUUCUAAAAUCUGCAUAAAACAAUAUGCUUAUUUUUGCACCAGAGAUGUGUUUCCAUUAAACUUACUUUUUGCGAAUAAAAUGCUGUGCGUGACGUAAUGCAGAUAAAAAUAACCUUUGUGGUUAAAUUUCCAUUUAACCAUACCGAAUGAAAAUGUUAAGUUAGAUGGGUUUCCAUCGCAUUUUCAACUCUACUGAUGGUUUUGUCACAAAACCUUUUGAGGUAUAUAAUGUAUCCACUCCGGGUCUUGGCACAUGAGCUCUAGCCAACAGCUGGCAGAUACAGUGCAGGUAGGUUACCUAUGUUAUGAGAUUAUUAUGGAUAAGAGUGGGGUUUUCAAACGGCAGCCAGGAAUCGAUCAUGUCACCAGAAGAAGACCCUCAAUAUUUUUGGGAAACUCAGCAUCAAAUUCCUCACCUUGCACAUUCACCACUGUGUGAAGUUCAUCAUAACUUAUUUCAACUGCAGCCUAAUAACGGCAUGAUUUUCCGAGUCGUAGUGGGAGGACCACACAAUAUAUCAUUGCGUCACUCCAAGUUUACUUUGAUAGGAUGGUUAUUAUACCAAUAUUUGCGCAUAAAGGCGCUUCCACUGCCAUUUCUCACAUAAUUCAUUUUACAGACACAAAAAGAUCACACCAUGUCGAACGAACACAUUGUCUGUUGGCAUUUAUAAAAUUGUAUCGGCAUUUCAUGUUUUCAUCAGCCCAGUCGUGACUUUUUUAUGCGUCAGGUAAUUCAUGCUCAUGAAAUGGCUGGAUGGAAAUGUAGUCAGUGAACUGACAUAAGAAGAAAAAAAUGCUGAUGCACAACCAAAAUGUAAAAUUACACCUGGUGUAUUAUAUUAUUCUGUCAAUAGUAAGUUUAGACCCUGACUGACUUCCUUUAAAAAAAAAACAUUUGUGGGGGGACCCCCUAGCAGCCAGGGGCCCUAAACUUAUGUCUCGUAUGCCUCGAACCAGCCCUAAACGCUGAGGAAGGUCUGUUGACCAAUAGGUUGGUCAGAGAAAACAUGGCAAAAUGCAGAUUUGAGAUGAUGAUGGGAAAUGUGGUUGUUGUUUUGAUGUUGUUGAGUAUUUCUGUUCUCUGCUUCACUCCUCUCAAAUAGUAUUUGUUAGUAAACAUUUGCUGAUCUUAAUAUAUAGUUUGAAUGUGUUUGAAUCUGUUUGAAUUAUGGCCUUAAUUUGGGUAGUAUUGGGAGCUGGUCUGAUGCUAUGCAAAGUGUCAGAGUGGACUUGUGUGUCAGGCAGUCUGUUUAGAAUGUAAUGUGAAUGUAAAGUUUCCUCUCCUUCAACCAGGAGUCCGGCUUCAUGCUGUCUUAUGUUCUACAGUAUCACUGGAAAAUCAAAUCCAAAUGAAAGAAUAAAAAACAUAAUCACGUCAGUUGCUCGGCUGGCUAUACUAAAUGUGCUUCUAUGUUGUAAAUGGAAAUGUAUAUUUUUGUGUGAUACAUGUAUAUACCAACAAAGUCAGCAUAUGAACAAAUGGAAUAUACGUUUCAAUGCAACAUUAUCAAUUAUUUAUCAGUUUAGUGAGGUGAAAUUACAGCUACAUAAUUCUUUAUUUAUGCAGUGUCUGUAAAAUGAUGGUGAUUAAUAUGUGAGCUAAAUAAAUUAUAUUAUUUAUCACAUUGA